AUGGAUUUGUUUGCUACCCAUGAGGGGCAAUUUUCUACCAGAGAGCCAACAAAUUGCUUGCCAGAUAAGCUUCCAAUGUUCACUGCUCGUGAAGCCGAAAUUCAAAAAGUUAUUUCUUUUCUGCACGACGAAAGAAAAGCUGUUGUGUCUCUUCAUGGCGGACCUGGAUUCGGUAAGACUGCAAUCGCCGUCGUGGUGUCGCAUAAGCUCAGUGAGGAGCACAACAUUCCAGUAAUUUUCUCUCAUUUAAGCACCGCAACCAGUGUAGAUGAAAUGAUCCUAAGACUAUGUCGCGAUGUAGGUGUUAAUCAUGAAGAUAACCCUAAGUCAGCACUGAUUCUUUGGUUGAAAAAUAUCAAAAGCAAAGUAAUUUUUGUCAUGGACGAUAUCGACAACCUACUUGAAGGAAAGACUGCUUUCUUCGCGUUUGUUCGCCUAUUGCGAAAGAAUUCCAGUCAGCAUUGCCAGAUUGUCACGACUUCCAGAACAUCUUACGAAAUUCCUGAUCUCUCAACUGCUAAAGUCCAGGUUAGCGAGAUGGACGAUGAUUCAUGCAUUUCGCUUUUAGGAGAACAGUGUCCUGAACAUAAAGACGAUAAUAAUUUUUUGCAAACUUUGGCAAACCUAUGUGGCAAAAUACCUCUUGCCAUGUGUAUCGCAGGUUCUCAAGUUGAAGACUUUGAAAAUUCCGAUGAAUUAUUACAGCACCUAAAAAAUCAGCCAAUGAAGACUCUGAGAUGCCCUGAGCGUGACCAGUAUGUAAAUCGAGCUAUCAACAUUUCUUACGAAAUGUUAGACAAUGAACAUAAAGAAACUGUUGUCCGUUUGGCUGUAUUUGAUGGAAGCUUUGAUGAAGAUGCUGCUAGAACAGUUGUUGAUAAAGAGAAUUUACACAUCAAAAGCAUCUUAAAGAAUCUAGUUUGCCGAAACUUGAUUAAACAACUACACAAGCGUCGAUAUUCGAUUCAUCUCUUGAUCAAGUUCUUUUUAAGGGAUGAACUAGAUAGGAAGAAGGAAGGAGUACGGACGGAAGCGUUAAUGGUUGGACACUACCUGAAGUUAAGCCACGACUGGAUCAUAAUGAGUUACUCCAAAAACGGAUACAAAUCUAACAGAGAAGCUCUGAAGAAGGAAGCACACAACAUCCACAACGUGCUUAAAAUUUGUUGUCAGCACAAUGACACCACCUCCGACAUCUCUAAUUGCCUUACCACAAGUAACAUUUACACCACUUCAGCCAGAUUCUUUACCAUCUUCGUUAGAACUAUUAUCCCGGAAUACAUUGUCGACAAUUUCCUACAACUGUGCGCAAAACUGGCCGAGGAAAGGAAGCAGUAUGCAAUAAAAAUAGAGUUUAAAUGUCUGUUAGCAGGCCGAGAACGGUGCAAAUCAAUUGGUACGGCCGGCGAGUACUUUAAUAUGAUGGAAACAAUCAAGGAAGAGUUUCAAAUGCACUCUCAAGAUUUAAAGGAUGACAAAUUACUUUGUGCUCAUUAUUAUUACCAGUACGGGAGAUACUUAUCACGUAAAUCCGAAAGCUGUGAAUUUGAUAAACAACGUCUAGAGCUUCAGAUAAAUGCAAGGGAACAGUUUGAAAAAUCGUUGAACCUAAGGAAUACAUCAACCGAAACGUCCGUGGAAAAAGCAGAUAAGAUUUUCUCGUUAUUAAAUCUUGGAACUAUAUGGAAGAAGAUUGCCACUGGUGAAUAUGUUCGUGAAGAAAGAGAGGCUGCGGAAAAAUCAAAGAAAAUAGCACAAACGUUUUAUGAAGAAGCUCUUAAAUUGUCUCAAGACGAUCUAGGUGAACACGAGUUAACAUCAGCAUGCUACAAAUAUCUUGGAGAUCAAUUUCUGACAGUCCGAAAUAACGACAAAGCUGAGGAAAUGUAUACCUUGGCGAAAGAAAUGCGUGAAAAUUUGGGGCUUAACGUCAGUGAAAAACACGUUUUUCUACUCAAAAACCUUGGGAAAUGUCUGACGUUUUGUUACCGUAUAAAUGAAGCUAUUAUACAUCUAGAAACAGCUCGAGAAACAGUCGAGAAACUUUCUGACAGUGACGAGCCAAACGCAUGCAAGGCAACAGUCUAUGCAUCACUAGCUAUUGCGCACAACUGGUAUAAUAAUUCGAACGAUGCCGUAAAAUAUGCCAAAAAAGCGCUAGAGUUCAAGCAAAUAGACCAAGUUAUCAAAAAAUAUGAGAUGAGGGAACUUCAGCAAAUUUUACUUUGUCAACAACGUUGGUAA